GCAAGAAAGAGCUGUCUGUCUGUGUUAUAGGACACCUGGGGUGCAACGAGUCCCGGUGCGUGGCCUGCCCCGGCAAAAGAAAGAACAAAGUUCGCAGCCAGUUACCGCAGGGGGCAAAGGUCGAUGGAACGGCAUUGCAGCAGCAGCAGCAACUGCAGGGCACCAGGGCGCCAGACCCUAUGAGCACCAGUGCCAACAGCCUUGCGCCCGGAAAUCCCACCAUGUCGGCCACUGGCUCCGGGCGUGUCAAGGUUUCUCUCGGUCCUGGCCGAUCACUAAUGGACUGGAUCCGGUUGACCCAUGCCAAUCCAAACCUCUCUGGAGUCAACGGCCGCUUUCUGGAGGUCACCUACGAGGAGCUGAUGAAGCACAACAAGAAAGACGAUGCCUGGAUUUGCCUGAAAGGUCGUGUGUACAAUGUUACUCCUUACAUGGAAUACCACCCCGGUGGUGUAGACGAGCUACUCAAGGGUGUUGGGAAGGAUGCCACUGAUUUGUUCAACCAGGUACACAAGUGGGUAAACUUUGAGUCCAUGCUCGAGAAGUGCCUCAUCGGCAAGGUUGUUGGCCCUGCCGUUCAAGUUCGUAAAUCUAGUUUCCCAGUGCCAAGGAUACCAUUUAUCAAGAAACUGCAAUGGACGGACACAGCAACCUCAGAAGAUGUUCCCGACAUCAGCGAAGGGACGUCACCUAAACCGGCUGUUAGCUACGAGUGGUUUCAAGACGACUCUACGGUCACCAUCACCAUCCAGUCCAUGGGUGAUGCGAUCAUUGAAGAAGAUAAAGUUGUUGCGGACCUAUCGGGAAAGACUCUUCGGAUACGACUCCGGCUCUCGAAAUAUUUUUACUUUUUUCAUGUUGAAUUGCAAGAUAAUGUUUAUAGUAGUUAUAAUGUCCAGGUAAAGUGCAAGCUAAAAUGCCUGGAAAUCCAGCUAGUGAAGGAAAAAAAUUGCGUCUCUUGGUCCUCCCUGGGCUCAUUUUUAGCCGACCACAACAAGCUAGUGCCUUUGAAAAAUGCUGAGAGCUUUUCCCGUAGUUGCACUUUAGUGAAUAAAGACAGCGUGACGCACGACACAACGUUGUUCACCUUUGCGCUGCCGCAAGGCUCGUAUAUGUGGGUACCCAUUGGGCAUCACGUGACACUUGAGCACGAUGUGAAAGGAAUGCGAAUAUCUCGGAGCUACACCCCGGUCAUCCCUGCUCUAAAAGCCGACGAAGAAGCGAGUGAUGGGAAGACGGUACACCUGAUGAUCAAGAUCUACCCUGAUGGGGCCCUGACUCCCUUGCUGAAAGCCCUAGAAAUUGGUGACAAAGUUGACAUGAAAGACACCGAAGGGGACUUCGAGCUGUCGACUUUGCAGAGUUGUCAAAACCUCGUUCUCCUUGCCGCUGGGACAGGCUUCACGCCGAUGGUGCGGCUACUGCAUUGGGGGAUCUUUGUCUCCAAGCAAAUUAACAUAACUUUGGUGACAUUCAACAAGACUGUGAGAGACAUCAUUUGGAAAGAGGAGUUGGAUCGUCUACAGGAGCAACAUAAUCGGCUGCAUGUGAAGCACAUACUCUCGGAGCCUGACGAUUCCUGGGAAGGUGCCCGAGGCCGCGUGCGGAAUGAGCUGCUAGAGCCCCUGCUCCCCGAAGACAUUCGUCAGAGUGACUCCCUGCUUGUGUGCAUAUGCGGUCCGUUGCCAUUUACCAAAGCCGCGGUGAAGUGCCUGGAGGACCUACAGUGCCCUUCGAAGUCCGUGCACGCUUUUCUCGGUUGAAGGACAGCAAGCAGUAUGUGCAGAAAAAAAGCUGGUCCGAAAUCUCUGCACCAUCAACGUGCCAUUAAACGCUGAGCUUGAGAUUCUCGUGCCACGAAAUAUGUAACAGCAAGUGAACUCCAUAACUUGCACCGUAAUGCUAGGAAAUGUUUUUAAUGUAAUUUUUGUACGAUUUGUGAAUUUUUGCUCAUUUCAACUGUCACUUUUGAUGCUGAGAUUGCAGUUUUGUGUUUUUGUUUUGCACUGUUUUUUUGCAGUACAAUUCCCAGUUUUGCCACCAGAAAUUCUGCUCGUGAAAGUACAAGUCACACUAGCUUGAAUAAGUUGACAUCAAAAUGCACUCUUGUGCAUUGAGAUGUAUUGCAAAAAAGUAUUGCAACAGUGUACAGAGCUGGCCUGUAUUUUGCUAUAUCUGACGUAUUCUGUGAGCUGUAGCCUUUUGAAAUCUCUGUUAUGUGCUAGUACAGACACACAUAAACAUAACAUACAUUUCAGAGUUUAAUCAAAAACUGCAUUGUAAAAUAUUACAGUGCACAGAUUAUGAUAUGCUUCCAUGAAGAAGCCUUUUCUGUGUGACACUUAUGCGGGACUUGGUGUAGCAAUUGUUUCUGGUAAGAGAAUCUCUAUCUCAGUAUGUAAUACUGCACGCAAUGUGCUUGUGCAGUAGCAUGGCCAUAUCUUUGCCGGAACACGAAAAUGCAAAAUUACUUCGUAUCACAGCAGAAAUUUCUUUUGUACAUUGCUCAGCGAAUCCGAUGACGUACUGCAGGUGUACGUGAACGUGACCCAUGCACUGUUAUAACAGUUUUAGAAGUAUAUUUCGAAACCUGUUUCUGUUUGAA